UUGUGUCUAACACCGUCCGUCCUGUGUCUGUGGGACGGACAGCAGGAGCGGACACAGGACUCCUGCCAUCAUGAACUCCUCUGGGAUUCUUCUGUUUAUAAUGAGCUGCUCCUCCUGGUCCUGGUCCUGGUCCAGGUCCUGGUCCUGGGUUAUUCCUGGAACACAAGAACCCACAGAGCUCAAGUAUCUGAUUGAACCCCCCGUGUACGCUGAGGUCAGCGGUCGAAGAGGGGAGAACGUCACCCUGCCGUGCAUGUUGAGAACCAAACCUCACCAUUACAAAGUCAAAUGGACCAAGCUGGAGCCGGAACGAACCGGCCCAGAGAACAUAGUCCUGAUAUCAAACAGCCGUGCCUUUAAGACCUAUGGCCUUCUGGGACCACGCGCCUCCCUCCGUAAAGCUCACGCCAUGGACGCCUCCCUGCAGCUCAGCCAUCUGGAGCUGGGAGACGGCGGGGGGUAUCGCUGUCAGCUGGUCAACGGCAUCGAGGACGAGAGCGUGGACGUCACUUUAACCAUUGAAGGAGUCGUGUUCCCGUACCAGAGUAAAAAUGGACGCUACAGAUUUACUUUCCAUGAGGCUAAACAAGCUUGUGCUGAACAGGAUGGAACUUUAGCCUCAUACAAUCAGCUGUACAGAGCCUGGACCGAGGGUCUGGACUGGUGUAACGCAGGUUGGCUCCGGGAUGGAACCGUUCACUACCCCAUUAUUCAACUGCGACCUGCCUGUGGGGGGGCGCUGCUCCCUGGGAUCCGCAGUUACGGACCAAAAGACAAAAACCACGACCGCUUUGAUGCUUUCUGCUUCACCUCACUGGCAUCUGGCUCCAUCUUCUUCGUCUCAGGCUCGUUCUCCUUCGUCCAAGCCCAACGUGCCUGUGAACAGCAGGGCGCUGACCUGGCCUUAGUCGGACAGCUGUACUCCGCCUGGCGUUUCCACAGCUAUGACCAGUGCGACGGGGGCUGGCUGAAAGACGGGAGUGUCCGCUUUCCCAUCAGCCACCCCAGGGAACGCUGUGGGGGGGUCCCUGAGGCGGGGGUGCGCUCAUUUGGAUUCCCUGACCAGAAGACACAUGUGUAUGGAGCGUACUGUUAUAGGUAGAGAUGUCUACACACAUUUUACACAUGUAUGUCACAUGUAUGUCAGCAUCAUGACUGUGUCUACAUGCACAGCAUGUUC